CCUCUUCUCUUACCUGUACCUUCGUUGUCAUCAAUCCAAAUUAAAAUUUAAUCCCCCCACUCCUUCCUCGAACAUUUCUUCAACUCCAUUCCCAUUUUUUUUGGUUCCUUUCUCUUCAAAUUUCACUAUAUAAAUACACCAAAAUCCACCCUUAACCACUCAUCAUUUCAAACCAACAAACAACCAACAAUUCUAGUUAGUUAUGGCAUCACGAAACGGCAUUAUUUUCGAGGAUUUCUUCCCCGCAAUGGUGGAGAAACUCGGGGCUGACGGGUUUAUGAAGGAGCUAUGCAACGGGUUUAGGGUUUUGAUGGACGGGGAGAAGGGCGCGAUAACGUUUGAGAGCUUGAAAAGAAAUGCGGAGUUACUUGGGUUGCAAGAUAUGAGCGAUGAUGAGUUAAUGUGUAUGUUGAGAGAAGGUGAUUUGGAUGGCGAUGGUGCUUUGAAUCAAAUGGAAUUUUGUACUCUUAUGUUUAGACUUAGUCCUGAUUUGAUGACUACUUCAAGAAAAUGGCUCGUAGAAACUCUUGUUAGUGAAAUGUAGAGUUAAAAAUUUGAAGAAAAUAUUUAUAUUAAUGUUGUUAAUUUGAUUUUAUGUUCUUGAUUAGGGAAAUCUUUGUUUUUU